CGUUCUAUCGGUCAUGGUGGGGCCUUCACGGACAACGAUGCGUCGCGUUGGGAUUCGUGCAUGCGGAGCGCACCGGAGAACACCUGGAUCGAUGAUCCAGAAGUCGUGAACUACGCAAAGACCACCGACAAACCAGUUCGAUUGGUGCUACCUGUUGUGAGCAGGUCGAAAUUUUGUUACGCUUCGGCCUGGGUUCAAGGGUGAAUUUUCUUCGAAGGUGUACAAAGUUCGACACAGCUACGAAAGCGUUUCGGGAGGGUGAGAAUUCUAAGCUUGCUGGGGGGAUGAUGUCCCUCGGAAUCUGACGACGAAGUAGCGUUCAUCGUUGCAGUCGCUCGACGUCAUUAGAAAAGAUGUGGGAUUGUGAAAGAAAAACUUGGGUCGUCGUCUUCCUAGCCAACGUGCUGUUGAAUACCAUCAUCGCUUCCCCGAUCUAUGUCCCACAAUUUAUUCCAGGAAGUACGGGAAGGAAUAUCAGGCACCUGCCAUGUGUGUCUCGAAGAACUGGCGAAACUGGCGUUUGCAUGUUUGCGUUUACCUGCGCAAAGGCGAAUGGCACGCAUCUUGGCACUUGCAUCGACCGUUUCUAUUUCGGUAGCUGUUGUAAGAUAGACGAAGAACCUGACAUUUUUCCUCAAGACAACAGUAUCGACGAUGGUUCUCCUGCAAGGCCGUUCGUUACGACUCAUGGGCCAAUUGAGAGCAACGAUAUACCUGAGUAUUUCUCAAGGCCGAAGCCGAUCAACGAAAAGAAACCAACUGGGACGUACUCCACCGAGGAGACGACCAGCAUGUACACUACGCAGAGUAUCCGCACGCAACCAACCACCGUAAAAGAAACAACAAAAGUGGCAACUAAAAAGCCAGUGGCGACGACCACUCAAAGGCCAACGACAUUAGAAAUCUCGACAAGGCCGCUAUCCACCGCGCAAACCUUUGCCGAAACGACUAAAUUCGUUACCAAGAAGCCGAUUCAUUCGACCACGACGCAUAAACCUACGUACUCAUCGUCGUAUAAACCAACGCAAUCGUCGUCGUAUAAACCAACUCACUCAUCGUCGUAUAAACCAACCCACUCGACUGUCCAUAGGCCUACCAAUGCAACCACACCCAAACCUCUUCAAUCGACUGUCGAUCGAACAACCGAAUCAACAACGUCGAAAACUGUAAUCACGACUACUCAAAGGAUCACUCCAAUUACGAGGUUCCCACCAAGAAACGCAACAACCGCGAAACCAUUGACUCAUGCUACCACCAAAAAACCUACUACCAGUACUAAAAAACCGGUAAUCAGUAGCAGUACAAGGAGACCAACAGCUACCACGAAGAAGCCCAUUACACCCUCGAAGAGGCCUCCUCCUUCUACCACAAUAAGACCACCUGUAAAUACCACUUUAAGUACUUUAUCGUCAACGACCACCACGAAACCUCUUUUGACAUCCAUCAAACGACCAACCAUCGCGACGACUACCGAGAACGUUGCUUUCUCCACGGUGACAAAACCGGUAAGCUCAACCACGGAAACCGUGAUUGCUCAAAAAUUCACAACCAUCGCCACAACGAGGCCUACCCAAAAGGUGAAACCUACGACGAUUCGAACAACGACUUCGAAGCCGUUAACUACUCCGAAGCCGUUAACUACUCCGAAGCCGCUAACGACUACUCCGAAGCCGCUAACUACUCCAAAGCCAUUAACAACUGUUCCGAGACCAAAACCAACGAAGAUCAGCACGACGACUCCGAGCCUGAUAUCCAAGCCCGACUACGCAACGACCACCGAAAAAACGGGAUCUUUGUCGUCGAUUAAUGUUACCACCGUUGCUAUUACGAAACCUAAGCCAACGAUAGAAUCAACGAAGCCUACGAAACCAUCGAGUAAGCCUACCAGCAAACCUAUCAGCAAGCCUACUGUUAAGCCAACCAUUAAACCUAUCAGCAAGCCUUCUUCGACGACAUCCACAACCUUGCUUAGUUCCACCGUAACGAAUGUCAGUUUCGCGUCGUCGUCUUCCAUCGAUACGUCUACCACCACGCCAGCGUACGUUACUUCGACAAAGGUGUCGGUUGUUAAUCAAACCUUUGGAGAAACUUCUCAUACUACUUAUACACCUGGACUCGUUACAUGGACAUCGAGUUCUGACGAUACGACUACGAAGAAUCCGGAGACGUUUUCGACGACAACUACGCAACUAGAUCAAACCGAAAGCGAGUGGACUCCGAUAACAACUCCAGAUGGCUGGAUUAUGAUUCAGUCGCCCACUACCAAAAAACCACUAACGGUAGAAGAUACGACUGAUAAGCUUGUUCCAGAAUCUACAUCGCAAUUGUCGACUUCUGCUAAACCAACGACAGAAACUGGUACAGAGCACGAGGUAACGAAAAGACCCACUAUCUUGACAACUCUAUCCUCGAUCGCCAGUGUGACGAUAGAUACCGAACUUCCGGUACCGAUGGAAACGCUCAACAUGUCGGAUUACAAGCAAGUGUGCGGAAGAAGAUUGUUCCCAGAGUCGCGAAUCGUCGGUGGGAAUCGUAGCUCGUUUGGAAAAUGGCCUUGGCAGAUCUCGUUACGGCAAUGGAGGACGUCGACGUAUCUGCACAAAUGUGGCGCAGCUUUACUCAAUGAGAAUUGGGCAAUAACAGCAGCGCAUUGCGUCGAAAACGUACCACCAAGCGAUUUAUUAUUGAGAAUCGGCGAACAUGACCUUGCCAACGAAGACGAACCUUAUGGCUAUCAAGAAAGAAGAGUUCAAAUCGUGGCCAGUCAUCCACAAUUCGAUCCUCGAACCUUUGAAUAUGAUCUUGCUUUGUUGAGAUUCUACGAACCUUUGUUACCGUUUCAACCAAACGUUCUGCCUAUUUGCUUGCCGGAUGACGACGAAAGUUACGUCGGCCGUACUGCUUAUGUCACUGGCUGGGGCCGACUUUAUGACGAGGGCCCAUUGCCAUCAGUUCUUCAAGAAGUGGCUGUGCCAGUUAUAAAUAACACAAUGUGCGAGGUUAUGUACAGGAAUGCCGGAUACAUCGAACACAUUCCACAUAUUUUUAUUUGCGCUGGAUGGCGAAAUGGCGAAUACGAUUCCUGUGAGGGUGACAGUGGAGGGCCUAUGGUGAUUCAAAGGGCGCGCGAUAAGCGCUGGAUACUUGCUGGGGUGAUCAGUUGGGGAAUAGGUUGUGCGGUACCCAAUCAACCAGGAGUUUACACUCGCAUUUCCGAAUUUCGUGAAUGGAUAAACCAAAUUCUUCAAUUCUAGACGGAAGUUCCGAGCAGCGGAUCACGUAUCUUUUUGAAAAUGAUGGUUACAUGUGGGAACUAUCACAAAGAGACAUCGAGACAAAGAGACCAUCGCUCGAAAGUUAAUUUCGAAAGAUGUACAAGUUGAAUGUAGUGAAGUCAGCGCGGCUGUACAUAAUAUUAUUUUAUACAAAUCAUAUGCAAAGACAGUUUUUCUCGUGGAAAACUUUCCACGUAGUGGAUAUUAAGAAAAGAAAGGAAAAAAAAGGAAAAAUACGAAUCGCCGUAUGUACGUGCAACUACUCUCGCGAAAUGUCAUCAAAUGCGAUAUCUAGUAAGAUUAAUGUUUUGUACUGUGUGAUGUAUUUAUAUGACGCAUU